CUUACCGCGCUCCGCCCCGCCCCGGCCGCAGAGGCAGCGCCAUGGCCGCCCGGCCGCCUCCCCGCUCCUGCGACACGUUCGUGGCGCUGCCGCCCGCCGCGGCCGGGGGCCGGGUGGUGUUCGGCAAGAACUCGGACCGGCCGCGGGACGAGGUGCAGGAGGUGCUGCACUGCCCCGCCGCACAGCACCCGCCCGGCGCCGCGCUGCAGUGCACCUACAUCGAGAUCGAGCAGGUUCCGCACACCCACGCCGUCGUCCUGAGCCGGCCCUCGUGGCUGUGGGGAGCAGAAAUGGGCGCUAACGAGCACGGGGUGUGCAUCGGCAACGAGGCCGUGUGGGGCCGAGACGAAGUCUGCGAUGAUGAAGCUCUGCUGGGCAUGGAUCUCGUGAGGCUUGGACUCGAGAGAGCAGACACAGCUGAAAAGGCUCUUACUGUCAUAGUUGAUUUGCUAGAAAAAUAUGGACAGGGAGGAAACUGUAUGGAGAGCCACAUGGCUUUUACAUACCAUAACAGUUUUCUGAUAGCUGACAGAAAGGAAGCCUGGGUGCUGGAGACAUCAGGAAAAUACUGGGCAGCAGAAAAAGUAGAAGCAGGAGGUGUACGGAAUAUUUCCAACCAGCUCUCUAUCACGACCAAGAUUGACAGACAACAUCCAGAGCUGAAGGAAUAUGCCAAAAGCAAGGGCUGGUGGGAUGGGGAAAAGGAAUUUGAUUUUGCUGCCACAUAUUCUUACGUAAAUACUGCCAGAAUGACUACAUCCAGGGGCCGCUAUUGUGAAGGCUACAAACUUCUGAACAAACACAAAGGUUCUAUCACUUCUGAAACAAUGAUGGAAAUUCUUCGUGACAAAGAGAGUGGCAUUAAUAUGGAAGGCGGUUUUAUGACAACUGGAAGCAUGGUGUCUGUACUGCCUCAGGAGCCUAAUCUGCCUUGUAUUCACUUCUUUACAGGAACUCCAGACCCUGCAAGGUCCGUAUUCAAGCCUUUCAUUUUUGUGCCCAAUGUUACUCAGUUAUUGAAAACCACCUCCCCUACAUUUGGUCAUGAUGAUCCAGUUAAGAAGCAACCACGUUUUCAGAGUAAGCCAGAUCGAAGACAUGAGCUCUAUAAAAAACAUGAAAGUGCUGCUGUAGCUAUGGAAGCCAUGAAGGACGAAGGAAAAGAGAUGCUGCAAAAGAUACAGAUGCUGGAGAAAAGUAAGAUAAAUGAAAUGGAAUCAAUCCUGCAAAACGGAUGUCUUGACACUAACCAGGUGGUCAACCUUUUUUCACAGUGUGUAGAAGAAGAACUCAAAAUAUAUAGUAGUUAAAACUACUAUUUGAAUAAAUGGAUUAUAAUUUGUUGUUAUGGUUAACUCUUCUAAUGGAGUGGCUAUAUAGAUUACCUCAUAUUUUCAAUAUACCAGUUACUUAGUAUGGACAGUUUUAAAGCUGCAGUUCUCUGUUUAGGCCAAAUAGCUUUUAGUUGUAGGAAGCAAGGCUGAAAAGUGUCUUCAGAGCUGGCAGUACCUCUCUAAGUGGCAAAAAACUGACAGCAGAGAUUGAUUCACCAACAACCUGAGAUGCAAUUAGGAUUCAAGUAGUUUGACUUAAGUUGCUGAACAACCCAAUCUUUGGAUGAAGAACACCAAUGUAGCUACACACAUGUAGGUUUUAUAGUUAAGAUAAUUGUUGUAGCAGAAUUUCCUACUGCUUGAAUUAAAACAGCCAGGCUAGAGGCUUUUCUAAAAUGUAGAAAAAUAUUGCUUUUUACUAAAUUAAAAGGAACGUGAUAUGCAAGUCAAGUGAGAUUGAUAUUCAGCUGUUUGAUAAAGGCUUUGUAAGGUAUGUUUCAUAUAUGACUUUUCUACUCCUUUAAUGUGAAAUAAGGCUAAGAGCUUAAGGUCUUAGGCUAAACCUAAAUCAAUUACAGCUUUACCAUAAUUUGUUGUGAAACCUGAUUAUACGGGAUUCAACAAUGUUAGUGUCUAGCAAGUUACCACACAAUUAUUUAUUUAAAUACAACAUGAUCAUUGUAAAUUAAUUCUUAAUUCUUCAGUACACUUUAUAACACUGUGAGGGACUUUUUAAAUGUUUCUUGAUUUUUUUUUUUUUGUUUAAAUCAGGCAACUAAAAUGGAAGAAGUCAGGGUCCAUGAGUAUAUACUUGCACUCAGUAGAGCACUUAAAAAAAAAAAAAAAACUCUUCAAAAUUUUUCCACUUCAUAUAAGCCAUUUUAACCAUACCUUGUUUUACCAAAAUUGGUAGACUUAAGGAGUUGAUUUAAAUAAGCUUUUUGCCCUGCCAGGAGCAAUUCCUUGCCAGUCUUGCUUAAAAGUAGUGAUCAAGCUGUCAGUACUUUAUUAUCCAUGGCAAGGGGCAAACAGAGCAAACAAAGAAGUAAGGUUCCGACUUGACUAUGUGAUCAAGCAGGAUAAAAAGUAUAACCAGAUUAAAACAAAGAACAAACAAACAAAAAAAAACAACCAACCAAACAAAAAAAAACAGUUCUGCAAACCUUCAGGUGAGAACAUGUAACAUGAAGUGGAGCAUUGAGGCUGCAGUGGUAAUAGGUAAUACGUGACAAUAUACAAUAACCCCCCAGACCACAGUAAGACCAUUCUUUGAUGAAUGCUUUAUAUUUUGUCAAGAUGCUAGAGUCAUCUCAUCUCAGAUGCAAAAGAUGGGGCUACACAUACAGUUUUCUCAUUUUGCAAGCCAUUCUAUAUUCCCACUGGAAAAAACAAUUAGGCAAAUAAAAGAAAUACACUUAAAAUGAAGUUUGUUGAAUGCUGCUAAACCUGUAAGAUGAGGAGUUUGAUAAAAUGUGUACUUGAUCUAACAAUGAAAGUAUUUAGAUCCACACCAAAAAUCUAAAGGGUUGGCAAAAGUUCUUGAACUUCCUAGUUCUAGGGAUCGUAUAUGUACCAAGUGGCAGCAGCAAGUAAGAUCUAUGAAAGUAAGCACAUGUUGAUUGUGAACCUUUUGUGCUUGUGUUGCCAACAAAAUUUAUUAGAAUAAUAAAAGGAUGUUCAUGAACUGGAUGGUAUAUUUAAUAAAAGUUUGCUGUAUUUACCUGUU